AUAAGCGAUUAGACUUUUAUAUAUUGGGUCAUGGAAAUGUACAACACUGGCGUAGAGGUAAAAGAACAAGUACAAACGGAAAUCAAUUAAUGCAAUUAGUUUGGUUUCUUUGCUCUUUGCUAUUACAAGAGGAGGAAAGUUUUGUUAUUAAUGUCGCUAGAUUAUUCAAAGAAUUUUUU